GUCGAGAGUGACAGGCUACCUGGCCAAUCACAGCGAAAUUCCCAGCCGGCAGCAGUUUUUGUCAAGGUUUACAAAAUGACCAAGGAGCUACCUGCUUGGAUUCGCUCAAUUUUGUUUCAAAGAAAGUACACAUAAAUAUGGAACUGGAGUCCGCCAAGAGCUGGCCUCAGAAAUGGGGCUUUCUGACAGAGUCGUACAACCAGGCAAUGCAGGAGAGCAGCAAGGUGACUGACAGAAUCCUGAAAUUGGAACUUCCUGAACACCUGAGGACACGCCCGCCAACUCCACCUGAGGAAUACCUGGAGGUGCGGCCGUCUCCUCCGGUUCCCCAGACGACGCAGGCGUUCAUCGGCUGGCGCUCGGCGGUGCCAGGGCUGCAGCUUGAGCGGUAUGGCAGGGUGCAGUGUGGCAAGAAGAGCUUCCUGAAAGAGCUGGGCUGGGCGCUGGAUGGCUGCAGCUAAUGCCUGAUACUGUCUGCUCCAUGCCCUGCACAACCCAGCUAACCCCCACCCAACUAACCCCAACCCAGCUAACCAGAACCCAGCUAACCCCAACCCAGCAAACCAGAACCCAGCUAACCGCCACCCAACUAACCCCAAACCAGCUAACCAGAAUCCAGCUAACCCCCACCUAACUAACCCUAACCCAGCUAACCAGAACCCAGCUAACCCCCACCCAACUAACCCCAACCCAGCUAACCAGAACCCAGCUAACCCCAACCCAGCAAACCAGAACCCAGCUAACCGCCACCUAACUAACCCCAACCCAGCUCCAGAACCCAGCUAACCCCCACCCAAAUAAGCCAAACCCAGCUAACUUCAAAAAACAAACCCAGCCAAUCCCAAACCGACUAAUCACAACCCAACUAGCCAUAACCCUAUCUAACCAUUACCCAACUAACCCCAGCCCAGCUAAGUCCAACUCAGCGAAGUCUAACCCAGCCAAAUCCAACCCAGCAAAUCACAACUCAGCCAAUUCCAAACCAACUGACACCAACCCAGCUAACCAUGCCACAAUAUAAUAUAUAGCGCAUAUAUUCAUGCUCAGCAUAUAUCACUUUUUGUAGCAACUAGGGCUACACAAAGCACAAUUAGUGCCUCUCAUUCAUCCAUUCACACGCACUCACACACCAACAGUGAAAGGCUACAAUGUGAGGCGUCAACCAACUCAUCGGGAGCAAUUGGGGGCUAGUUGUCUUACUUGCAGGUACAAUAACUAUAUUUUAAUCAUAGCAUUUGGCAUAGAUCACAUAAUUAAGAAACACAGCCUAUGAAUUAUGCAUAAUGUUGUUAAAAUGCUAUUACAAUUCAUUUGCGGUAAAGCAGUAUUGUUUUUUGAUCAGCUGUCAACCAAUCUGCCAUGAAAUACAACGUGAUUUAUUUCUUGAGUAAGCUUUUCUAAACAGCAUAUACUGUAUGUAUCUAUCCAUUCUUCUUCUUCUUUUUAUUUUUCUUCUUAUUUUUCUUAUUUUUCUUCUUCAUAUUCUUCUCCUGCCAAAACUGUUGGUAUCAGUCAGGAUUAUGUAUGGUUGUGGAUAUGCUGAAGCUAUCUCGUGCAGCUAAAACCCCUUACAUACUCCAGUGGUACUGCACCUCUAAAUAUGGCUUAGGCCUCACAGUAUGGGCAGAUGAUGAGGCUCAUUUUAUAAAGAGAUAAGCCAAGGAUACUACAAAUGAUGCGAGACUGUUGUUUAAAUCCAUUCCAUAUUUACAAACACCGAAUAUUCAUAUCAACUGACAUACCUUUUAUUUCUGUUUGGUCAGCAGAUAUAAUUGUGUUAUUUGUUUGUACCUUUUUUCACUCUACAUGCUGUGUUCAAUGUCUGGCAAAGAGUGAACUAAUAAAAGAUGAAUGAAUUGCUCAUUUA